AAGUUGGAACUCUCCCGCAUCGUAGACAAAGUUCCUCGGGCUCGCAAGUCUGAACCGAUAAAUCUUGCGGUCACGGGAUGGAGGAACAUUGUUAAAAACACUAUCGACCACCUUAAUAAAUAUGACUUCCCAUCACUCCCAUCCACAGGAUUCUUGAAGACAUGGAAGGCUAGCAGAGGGCGGCAAAACUCUUUCUCUUUAUCCAUGGCGAGCAGUGUGGAAACUGCAGACUUUGAUCCCAACUACAGAGAAAACCAAAUCAGAAACGGUCAAUUAAGAGUAGAUUCUAACAUCGACGACGACAUUGAUCUGAUUGAAAGUGAUUCUGAUAAUCAACAAGAUUUUUCUCGUGAGGAACCAAGCACUGCAGCUCAAGCGAAGCGCUCUAGACGGAGAGACUAUGUUCGGAAAAAGCAUUUUGGAGUACCAUAUUAUUAUGCUAAAACGCAGCUAAAGAAGGCUUUGAUAGAGCAUUACCGAGCCAUCUCUUUGGUCAGGUCUUAUAAAGAAAUGAAUCGUACUGCUUUCAGAAAGAUCACGAAGAAGUAUGACAAAGCCCUUGAUGCAAAAGUUUCUGAAUCAUUCAUGAAGAAGGUAGAUGACGAGUCUUAUUUCCAGAACAGUACAGUAUUGGAUACUAUCUCAAGUCGUAUUGAAGAUUUGUUUUUAACUUUCUUCGAAAGCGAUACUCUGGACAGAAAACAUAGCUUGGAAAGGUUGCGUAGUGCAACUUACGUGUACAAUAAUGCAGACGUUAAGCUGCCGCUGUUUUACAAGACCGUUUUUCUCUCCGGGAUUUACAUUGGAAUAGGCGCUCCCCUUUUUGUGAUUGGCUUGUAUAAAGCCCUUGAAAAGACGCUUGGUGGUGAAUUACCAGAAGGGAAAUCUUUGCUACAAAUAUGGGGUGGUUACUUCUUAGUGAACAUGGCAUUUUUAUUCAUCGGUAUCAAUAUGAUGGUUUUUGAAGCAUUCAAGAUUAACUACAAGUUUAUUUUUGAGUUCAAUCUUACUACUGCAUUGGAUUAUAAGCAAUUUUUUAUGCUUCCUAGUUUUGCAUUUGGUCUUUUAGGACUAUUGGGCUGGUUCUCAUUUCAAGACUUUUGGCCAUCUAAGUUUCCAGGUCGUGAUUGGCCCUUGAUCUUUCUUGGAGUGAUGCUUCUAAUAUUCUUGAACCCAACUUCUAGAAUGUUCGGAGCCAGCAGAAAAUGGCUUCAAAUAGCAAUAUGGAGACUUAUGUGCUCUGGGUUCUAUCCUGUUGAAUUCAGAGAUUUUUUUCUCGGCGACAUAUUGUGUUCGUUGACUUAUUCUAUGGGUAACUUAUAUUUCUUCUUCUGCUUGUACACUAGCGAAUGGAGAAAAUUUUUGGGCGGCGGAUCCCCGCCUUCACUCACCAAAUGUGGUUCUAGUCACUCUAGGGCUAUGGGUUUCCUAUCUACUUUACCUUCCAUUUGGCGUUUCUUGCAGUGUCUUCGUCGUUAUAUGGAUUCUGGUGAUGCUUUCCCCCAUUUGGCGAACAUGCUCAAGUAUCUGAUCAGUAUUGCCUAUUAUGCAUUGCUUAGUAACUGGAGAAUAGAGCGAAAGUCCUCAAACAGAGCUAUUUUCAUCGUUAUUGCCUGCCUUAACUCGAUACUCUCUUCAGCUUGGGAUAUAGUGAUGGAUUGGUCUCUUGGUCAGGUUCAAUCUAAACACUUUCUACUAAGAGAUCACUUAUUUUACGAGAAGCCAGCUUACUACUAUACUGCAAUCAUUAUGGAUGUGAUUUUGCGCUUUCAGUGGAUCUUUUACGCAUUUUUCUCCAAUCAGAUUCAGCAACUGGCUGUGACAAGUUUUUGUAUUGCACUUGCAGAAAUUUUCAGGAGAUUUAUUUGGGUUUUUUUCAGAUUGGAGAAUGAGCAUUGCACCAAUGUGAUUUUGUUUCGAGCUUCGAGAGAUUCUCCUUUACCUUAUCGCUUGCCUGUUAAAGUUGAAAGAGCGAUUAAGAAAUUGGUGGCUACUAAGUACGGUCCACAUGAAUUCGUGGAGUCUGAUGCAAGAUCUAGUAUGGAGCAACCUCCAUCUCAAGGAAGAACGACAUCAUACAGUACCGAGACUAACUCCAUGCGUCACAAGCGCCGUGAUGGAGAAAGUCUGUCAAAGGCUUCAUCCGAACAUCCAAAUGAGCUUCUGCGUCGGAGAUCAACAUUGGCUAAUAUUUCUAACGCUUUGAAUAAGGCCCACAUCAAGGACUUUCAAAGGAAAAAGUAUAAUGUUCAACUCGAUGAAAGUGAUGAAGAUGAAGAAGAAGCGGACGAGUGA